AUGGUCAUAAGAACUGUACAUACUUGUAUAUCACCAAACAUAGACCUUUCAGAAUUUCAGAAGGACAUUGACUCAGUGACGCAGAUUCUUACGAGACAUGGGUCGUUCGGUACCUUUACCAAAAGAAUUAAAAAUAAGAAAAAUCACACAUGCGGUAUGUGUGAACAAAAGGACGACCCGACCCAUGUCUUGUACGAAUGUGCGAGAUGGGAUCAAGAAAGAAGAGCAGUAGAAAAGAAGAUCGAGAGAAUAUUACCGAGAGAGAAUGAGAUAGUUGAUUACUUGAAAAGCUCCCAAAUUAAUUGGCUAAAUAUAUCAGAAUUCAUGACGGUAGUAAUGAAGAAGAAAGAAAAAGGGGAUAGAGAGAUAAAAGGGUAA